GUUUAAUCGAUCCUCCAUCAUGAGUCUGAGCUCCCUUUUAACAGCUAAGAAAAAGGAGCUAAAACACUGUAACACCGUAGUAACUAAUAUGCUGGGUGAAAAGUAUGAAAUUUUAGGGAGCGAGAUGAGAUUAAUAGACAAAGGACUACCAUUCGUCGUUGAUACAAAACCAGAUUUGCAAAUGGCUAUGGUGGAGCCUGGUUUAUACUUUGGCUCUCAAGAUCCAGCAGUUAAUAUUGAUAUAUUACAAACCCAUGGGAUACGGCAUAUUAUAAGUAUUGGUAUAAAGUUGGAAAUUGUAUUUGAAGAUAUUCAGUACAACUUUAUAGAUUUGAUGGAUAUUCCAGAAGCUAAAAUUUCAGAGGCAUUAAAAGCCUGUCUGGGAAUAAUGCGUGAAAGUCAGGGUCAGGGCAUUUUUAUACACUGUAACGCGGGCGUAUCUCGAUCAGCAUCCGUUGUGAUAGGGUAUUUAAUGAUUAAAAAAAAUCUAUCCUAUGAUCAAGCUUAUCAAGAGGUGAAAUCUAUCAGGGAAUGCAUAAAGCCAAAUGACGGAUUUGUCAAGCAAUUGAAAGCUUUGGAAUUCUCUGAUUUUUCAUCAUUUUUUUAGUGGAUUGUAAAUGAAGUGGAUAUUCUCUUACGAGUCUUAAUUCGCAGGAAUUGUAGAAAAAGAUUUGCCUAAAUUUUCUUAAUUAUUAUAUUAUUCAAAUAUGCUGUGUUUGUACAGCCAGAAAUCGUGAAAGUUAUCAAUGCACAUAAAAUGCAAAGAGAUUUACAAAAUUUGA